AUGGCCAUCGACGUCGAGGAGCUCUUUAUUCAACCUUUCCGAGAAGUCGUAGAGAGGGGCAAAGAAGCUGUUGCCAAUGCCGAGACAGCGGCCGGCAGCGGUAAGGAUGAAGACGACGCCGACCCGUCUAGCGAACAAGAUGUAGCAGAUAUGCUCAAAGCCGCACGCUCCCUCGUGAAAGAAGGCGAGAGGGCCCUUCAGAGGCUUCUCCCACUCUGGCAAGAACGCGUUGACAAACAUGGCGACGCGUUCAGGGAAGCUAUGCGACAGAAUGAUAGGAUCCUCGACAACCAGAGACGGCUGGAAGAUUUGCUCUACGACUUAGACGAUUUCGUGCAGGUUGAUUCAUUCGACCCCAAUAGGUUUGCAGAUGUUCAAGCAUCAUCCAAAGCGUUCGCUCUAGCGCUCAUGGAAGCCAUCAAGAGAAUACAUAUCGAGGAGAGCGUGCCGCCAGUACCGCCUCUUCUGCCGUGGACACGGCCAUUACCUUCUCAGGGGUUGAAUAAUAAAGGUCGUGGUAAUGGCGGAUCUAGUGCUCCCAUGAGAUUUGGCGAGGAUGCUGGUAUAAGCGGUGCCAGUACUCCAUCUAGACGACCAUCUAGUCCCGACAUACUGGGAGCAGAGCGUGAUUUCAUCAGCCUUGUGUCUGAUCCUCCUAGUGCGCCACCUCCAAACUCGAGGACGUCCGCGUGGGUUAACGAGCAAACAACCGCUGCUAAGUCUUGGUCUCGUAAUAAUUCAAUCCCAGAAGAUGACUGCUUCGUGGGACAGCCUGUAAUCUUCAACAGCCUCGAUGGCCUUGCUCUUCACGGCCAAGAGUUGGCGAUACCAUCUAAUAUACCUAGAAGUCCGGAUACUUCAUACAGCAGAAUAUCUUGGUACACCACCACUGGUAGCUAUAUGUCGGGUCCCAGGUCGUCCAUUCAUAUCCCUACGAGCGACCAAAGAACAACUUCGCUCGCGAAGUCCAUAGCGAACCCGCAUGAAACCCGAGAACCGAUAGAAGUUGAUAUACCACCAUUGCCAAAUCCACCGGAUUACGAAGAUGGCCUGAUACCAGCGGAUGAACUUUUUGCAUCAAGGAAGGACUCCUUCUCCGGUUAUCAGAUCGGGUUGGAUAGUAGCCUCUAUAUAUACAAGGGCUUAUGCACGGGGUCGCAGACGUAUCGAGUCAAGGGGCGCAAGAGUGCUACUAAAGCCGUAAUGGAAUAUGGAACUAGGCGAAGCAUUGCUCGAUGCACCGAGUGUGAGUUCGCGCAAAAUUUGCUGGAAGUAGAACUUGAUGAUGCUCUGGACCCAAGCGCAAACUUCAGCAAAGCCGGUGUCUUGUAUCGUCUUCGAUUUUUAUAUAAGUCUCACUUAGUCUCGACAUCUGCGUUUACGAUGCAGUUUGGCUGCCUUUUCUGUGCAGAAAAGGGGCAUACCGUCUACGCUGAUGACGCUACGAUCUUCACAACCCAAGACCAGCUGUUUAAGCACUUGUCGCGUCAUCCCCAACCCCUACCGGAGAUUCCUGGGAUCACAGUUUUGUACGGCGAAGUACCCAAGAACGAUCCGAGUGUUGAAGAUUACGACCUUCACUUCCCUAACCCCCCUGUAGCCAGCUUACUCCCAAACACUGCCACUCUGGCCAAGCUACCGUCGGCGAGAGCAGUUAAAAGUCACAUCAAGCGAUACGGUCGAGAUUUGACUGAUCCAGACGGCAGCUCGGAUCAAGUGUUGAAAUUUAUGGAAGGUGCCCGUAUCGUAGGCCUCAAAUUUCCGGAGAAGUGGAAAGGGAAAUGGUGUACUGGCUGGCAUGAUGGUCGAUGGGGCUCUUUUCCUACGAAGCAUGUUGUUCUCGAAUCGCCUGCAAAUCCACCAAGCGCAAAUACAUGUAUCGAAGGCAUGUUCGUUACGACGCGUUGGAAAUGGGAAGUAAAGGAUCACUCAACGGGAUGGAUAUCCUUUGACAAAGAUGAAACUUUAUCUAAUGUUUGCUGGCUUAACCACGACGACUGGUGCUGGUACGGAACUAAAAAGAACGGCAAGGGAGGGCUCUUCCCGCGGUCCUACAUAAGACUAGAAUCGCUACGAGGGGAUGCGAUACAGAAGGAGGAGGAUGAUGACUCCGUAUCUAAGGCUAGAAAACAGGGAAGCUUUGGGUUGCCUACUAUAAAGAUGCGCAGAAUGACUAUUGGUAGUGGCACAUCUUGA